AUGUCCCUCUGUGUCUGUCCCUCUGUGUCUGUCCCUCUGUGUCUGUCCCUCUGUGUCUGUCCCUCUGUGUCUGUCCCUCUGUGUCUGUCCCUCUGUGUCUGUCCCUCUGUGUCUGUCCCUCUGUGUCUGUCCCUCUGUGUCUGUCCCUCUGUCUGUCCCUCUGUGUCUGUCCCUCUGUGUCUGUCCCUCUGUGUCUGUCCCUCUGUGUCUGUCCCUCUGUGUCUGUCCCUCUGUGUCUGUCCCUCUGUGUCUGUCCCUCUGUGUCUGUCCCUCUGUGUCUGUCCCUCUGUGUCUGUCCCUCUGUGUCUGUCCCUCUGUGUCUGUCCCUCUGUGUCUGUCCCUCUGUGUCUGUCCCUCUGUGUCUGUCCCUCUGUGUCUGUCCCUCUGUGUCUGUCCCUCUGUGUCUGUCCCUCUGUGUCUGUCCCUCUGUGUCUGUCCCUCUGUGUCUGUCCCUCUGUGUCUGUCCCUCUGUGUCUGUCCCUCUGUGUCUGUCCCUCUGUGUCUGUCCCUCUGUGUCUGUCCCUCUGUGUCUGUCCCUCUGUGUCUGUCCCUCUGUGUCUGUCCCUCUGUGUCUGUCCCUCUGUGUCUGUCCCUCUGUGUCUGUCCCUCUGUGUCUGUCCCUCUGUGUCUGUCCCUCUGUGUCUGUCCCUCUUUCAUCUGAUGUUUUCUUUGUUUUUUGAGUUGAUGCUUCUAUUAAGACUAAUUUCUGUUUAUUUCUACCAGACUGGUGAUGGUGUCAAUGAUGCCCCUGCUUUGAAGAAGGCUGAAAUUGGUAUUGCCAUGGGUUCUGGAACUGCUGUUGCCAAGUCUGCUUCUGAUAUCCUUUGA